AUGAAAAGUUAUGACCAAAGAGUGAAGACUGGUCCAGACGGCCUUAUCGAGAAUUCGCAUCCUGAGCCGCUCACACCGGCCGAUCGAGGAACGAACCUACCGCGAUCGUGCCACGCAUAUCAUCCGCGUCCAGCCAAGUCCACGGCCGAUCCCACGUACCGACCCGGGAGGCAUCGUCCCGCGGUCGGCCAAAUCAAUUUCACACGGCCAAAGCUGCGCGCGACCGUACCGCGCGAACAGGAAGGCAACAUCUCGCGGCCGCGUAGCACAACUCACGUAGUUUAG